UCUUUGUCCUCUCUUCUCUAAACUCAUGUUAUUCACAUAUCUCUCUUCUCUCUAAUUUGAUCAUUAUAGAUAUUAUUUGUUUCUUCAAGAAAAAGAAAACACAAGAAUGGGAAGCUUUCUCUACCUUGUUGUAGUCAUCUUCAUCAUCUUCUCUUCAUCAGUUAACGCAUGUGAUCGAUGUCUUCACCGUUCUAAAGCAUCUUAUUUCUCCUCUGCUUCUGCUCUCUCUUCUGGAGCUUGUGCUUAUGGCUCUAUGGCUACUAGAUUCUUCGCCGGACACAUUGCAGCGGCUACACCUUCAAUCCACAAAGAUGGUGCUGGUUGUGGAGCUUGCUUCCAAGUCAGAUGCAAGAACCCUAAGCUGUGUAGCAAUAAAGGAACCAUUGUGAUGGUCACAGACUUGAACAAGAGUAACCAAACCGAUCUUGUCCUUAGUAGCAGAGCUUUUAGAGCUAUGGCUAAACCUGUUGCUGGUGCUGACAGAGAUCUUCUUAAACAAGGCAUUGUCGACAUUGAUUACCAAAGAGUUCCUUGCGACUACGGGAACAAGAACAUGAACGUGAGAGUGGAAGAAGCAAGCAAACAGCCAAACUACUUGGAGAUAAAGCUUUUAUACCAAGGAGGUCAAACAGAAGUAGUAGCCAUCGACAUUGCAGAAGUUGGAUCAUCACGUUGGGGUUACAUGAGCAGAAGCCACGGAGCCGUGUGGACUACUGACAAAGUACCAACCGGAGCACUCCAGUUCAGGUUCAUAGUUACAGGAGGCUACGACGGCAAAAUGAUUUGGGCUCAGAGUGCUCUACCAGCUAAUUGGGAAGCUGGUAAGACUUAUGACGCUGGUGUUCAAAUCACAGACAUUGCUCAAGAAGGUUGUGAUCCCUGCGAUGCUCACAUCUGGAAGUAAUAACUCAAUUCAAAAUCUCAAUUCUUUAGGCACAAGCAAACACACUCUUCAUAGGUUUAUUAUAUAUAUAUAUAUAUCUAAUGUGUAACAGAGCUGUUUAUUUAACUGAGUUUUAAAGAACACAACGCAAAUCUUGAUUCAUAACAUUACUUUACAACUGGGGGAAACGAGAAUUAAAAAAAAAAAA